CAGAUUUCAGUGACUCGGACUCAAAAGCAGCCACGUGUCUACUACCUCGGACUCAAGAGCUGAGUCCGCUCCUCAUCGGUCUCAGGUCAUCUCCCUCGACUUCUCAGCGAUGGGAUUCUCAGUCCACUUCCUCUUCUUCAGUAAUAAAAACAUCGGCAUCAGAAAACUGAGCACAGCUAGUAGAGCUGAGAACCCUAGCAAGUCCUCGAUCUCAGGCGAGAGCGCCUACGAAGUGCUCGGGGUCUCAGAGAGCAGCUCCUUCGCCGAGAUCAAGGCCUCGUUUCGAAAGCUCGCGAAAGAGACUCAUCCUGAUGUCUCGAGAUCCUCUCACCGAUUCCUGCAGAUUCUCGCUGCCUACGAGAUUCUAUCAGAUUCCGAGAAAAGGGCAUAUUACGACAGUUAUAUAUUCUCUCAGAGAAAGGUUUUGCAGAAGCAUCCGAAAUCUGGUUCAGUUAUGUAUAUGUACAAUUCAUCUGUAACAAUAGCGAAACAAGGUGAAGUAGUAGAAUGGGUAAAAUGGUAUAGACUUGUGAUUGACGAUAUUCUUACUGAGAGGAGGGUUGCAGUUGGCUCAGGUUAUUUUUAUGAACUUGAAAGUGAACUGUAUUCAGCUAUACGUGCUGCAUAUUUUGGCCCUAAUAUCGAGUCAAUGGACUUUCUUCCUGACUGUUUUGAAGCAGAGGAAAGGUCUGUUUAUGACACUCCUGAGGUAUUGCAUUUGGUUUCUGGGCGCAACCUUUUUGGAAUCAUUUACUUAGUUGAUAAGGUUCCUGAAUUAUCAGAUACCCACCAUGAAAAACUAACCUCUUCUUGUUCAGUGGCUCACGAUAUUUGUCGAUAUGUUAGGCAAUCAAAUAUGGGACUGAGUUCUACACCAGUGGAAAAAUCAGAUAUUCUUAAGAUGAACGACGAGAAAGGGUUAUCAGAUAUAUAUAAAGAUUUGGAAUUACAUAUUUCUGGACGAUUAGUUGCUAAAGCAACUAGGAGUCCUCCAAAAUGCAAGUCUGAUAGCAUAUUAGCAGUUGACUGUGAAGACCAGAUAAAUGUUUUUCUUAGUCUGGAUGAAGACAAGGUAUAUAGGAGUGAGACGGCUUCAUCUUCAGCUCAAUCCAACAUUCUUUUGGGGUCAAUAAGUGGACUAGGAACCAAGGCUGAAGAGGGAAUUUGCUCUGUAUAUGACCGAAACGGUACAAAAACUCACAUGAUAAUGAAGCAUAGAACAAUGAUGGUAAAACAUAUGCGUUGGUUUCCUGUAGGAGGAGAGUUUCCAGCUUGUGAGUGCAGAUGUAGUAGAGCUCGCCUUCCACCUAGCAACGAAGAUGUUCUCUUUAGUAUGUUUACGUAUGUUACGAACAAUUUCGUAGUAUCCAACAGAUUUUGGCUUUUUGAGCCACGCUCUAGCAUCCAUGACAUUGGUGGGUGGUAUGUUGAAACAUUUGGGCGAGACAAGAAAGGAAGGACAGUACCAUCACAAAGGCAAUGGGAUGGCGUCAUUGAACAUCCUGAAAAGAGACUACACCCUGCCAUGUAUCUGCUAGCUCUUGCCUAUAGAACUUUAGAUCUUGAAGAUGAAAAAAGAAGAAAACGAGCUGUUAGGGAUUUGUUUCCAUCUAAACUUUCAGGUAUUCUUCAUUGGUGCAAGAAACUUAUUUGAAUGGGUGUUCUUGGCACCCUGGAUAUGAGAAUCAGCAAUUGAUAUCUGAAUGCCAGUGGACUUACUGGACUAUGAAACAAGAGAUCUGAUGCCAGUUUACUCAAAACUUUUCUGUGUUGUAUUACUAUAACGUGUCAAGGCCACAUAUGGCUGCAGAAGCUCAAUUUAGCCCUGGUGCAAUAAAUUCCAAAUCUUAUGUAUCAAAGUUGAUCUAUUCCUUUCACAUCCUUGUACAACAUUUGGGUCUUUUUUCUUCACGAUCUUGCAGUUAAGCGAAGGAAUACCUAGACAUAGUUUACGAUGAGAAAAGCUUUUGAAGCAUUAAAUAAAUUUUUAUGGAGAUUCAAGUGGUCUUCCAGUUUGCAGUUACGGCUACAAAAAUAAUACAUGUAUUUGGAGCCGAAAAGCUACUUUUUCCUUUUUGUAUGUUCUUAUGGUUCAUUGUUAUUUUAUCUUCUCAAAGCAGUUCUUGUUUAUGUAACCAUAAUGUAACAAUGUAUUUAUGUAUAUUGUUAAUCUCAAUGUCUGAAAGGCUGAGGCCGAAAGGCUCCUAGCAGAGUUAGAAUGUCA